UAUUAACCAAUCAUAUUGAGCUGUCGUGUCCAACAGGGGCUACGGCAAGCGGCGUGGCUCUUACAAGCAAGUUGUGACUCAGAGCACUUCUGUUCCAAACAAUAACUGUCCACUACACGGAGCCAGGUGAAGAAUCGCAUUACGUGCAUGCCUUUGUGCAGAAUGAGUUGCAGAAGAUCUGGUGUGCAGAUCUGGGGGAGUCUGCUCCUCCUCGUGUCCUGUUGUCUGCUCGGUGUUUCGUCUCAUUCAGAUCACCAGCAGCAGCAUCAGCAGCAGCAGCAGCAGCAGCAACAGCAGCAGCCACCGCCACCCAUCGUGGAGAGCGCAGCGCACGUAAGCCAUGGUCAUGGCCGCCUGGAUAAAAACAUGGUUCAGGACAAAGAUCACAUCAUGGAGCAUCUGGACGGAGUGAUAGACAAACCAGAGAAGGACAUGACACCCCAGGAGCUUCAGCUGCAUUAUUUCAAAAUGCACGAUUAUGAUGGAAACAACCUCUUGGACGGGCUGGAACUUGCCACAGCGAUCACACAUGUACACAGAGAGGAGAGAGGAGAGGAGAGCCAGCCAAUGAAGGAGGAGGACCUCAUUUCUCUCAUCGAUGAUGUUCUGAGGGACGAUGACAAAAACAAUGACGGUUAUAUAGAUUAUGCAGAGUUUGCCAAAUCACUGGAAUAGAGUGUCAUGACAUUCAUUUAUGUCCACAACAACUGCAAGGGAUCUGCAGAGAUGAGUGGAGUCGUAGGUGGACGUACAAGGAGCCAAACUGUGAAGCCGCAUUACAUAGAGGAAUCUUUUUCAUUCACAGUCAAUCAGGAUUUCAGUCAGUUUUUUUGUUCUGUUAAGGUUUGUCGUAGUCCUUUUUUAUUUCAAACUGCAGCAGUAGAUUGGGUUAUGCCAGCCUUUCAGCAAAUAAACAGUUGGAAUACCUUUAAUUAAUCUCCAUUAUGCUUAAAAAUUAGUCUAAAAGGGUUAUAUUUGGUUUAUAGUUUUUCUGAUUCUUUGAUUCUUGUCAGUGACCUGAUGCAGUAAGGUUCAAAAUUCCCUUUAAAGACUAUUGUGUAACAUUCAGCUGCUUAUAAGAAGAACUGUUCAGAACCACAUGCGGACUACACAGUGUUGCCUACACAGUGUAGGGUGAACUCAGUGUUUAUAUGAACAGAAGUGUCUUUUUUUUUUUUUUUAGUGGUGCUACACUUUAAAUUGGACCAGUUUCCAUUUCAGAAUGUGGCUCGUAAAAAAUGUUGGGACCAAAUGAUUCGGCCUGUGAUUUCAUUACCUUUGCUCUUUGUGAGGAGGAUGAGAUGAACAGGUCGUUCUCGUGUGAACAGAAAGUGACCUUGCUCAGAUGUAUUGUCUGUGAUGUCGUGUAGAGUAGAAAACCUUGUUGAAGUUAUGAGGUGGAGACGAAGAACAACAAAAUAGUGUUACCGGAGGAACGGUGUGGCACCUCGUCACAUCACCACCUCACGUUUCCUCUCGAGGUAACUCCCGCAGUAAUCUUCACUCCCCUAUAUUCUGUCAGCUCAGCAGAUCCUCCUCAUUUACCUGUGAAUGUAAAUCAGUAUGGUGCUGUGCUGUGCUGAUUCUUUAUCACUGGAUAAGCUAGACAUAAAGCACACUGGCUGAUGCUGCUGCCACUGCAGCUUCACAGAUUUGUAAGAAAGCAUUUGUAUCCUGCCCUCCAUUAGUUGCCUUUAAAACGUACAGCUGUAUUUUUGUCUGUUUGAAAUAUACCUGUUUGGUGUGUGGUGUUACAAAAAUAAUAGCUUUACAAACAGAGAAGUAAAAGAAAGAGAAAAAAAACAGGGUUUUGUUUUAUGGUCGUGACAACCACUCAGCCAAAAUAUUUCACAGUUGACACUAAAUCCCAGGAUUUUCAGAAAUACACAGAUCUUUGAUGAGGAUCAGAUCAGCAAUUGUCAAAAAUCAAAAAGUAGGAUAGAUGAACAGAGAGUUUAGUGUUUAUUAGUACGGUAAGAAUAUAACAUUUCAGGUCUUUUGUGUGUUAAAUCUGUGAUUUCUCAAAUAUUUUCUGUAUGGAUGAAUUAUAUAUUUUGGCCAUCCAGUAUUGUUUUCUUCAAUCAAUUCAGGUUGUUGAAUACAAAAAAAAAAAAAAAAAAAGUGAAAAACAUUGCAAGUGCUGUCUCUGGGAUGUGAGAAAUAAUAAUAAAAAAAAGGUAAAUUCGA